GCUAUUGAAACAGAACAUCUAGGUUACACAUGCAUCGACUCACAAGUAGUAACGAGUACAUGUAAUGUAAUUAACACAAGAUAGCGCUACUCUUUAUAUGAGAAAUGAGCCUCAAAUGUUACUUCUCCAUUUCCCUCCGCCUACACACUGCCUUCUUGUUCAGGUGACAGCUUCAACAAACCGCCCCCUCCUCCCGGAGAUGUUGCUGUCUGUGGAUGACAGCAGACCUGGAGGACCGAAACAAGUGUCUGCGCCGCUCUUUUAGAAAGUAGAGAAGAUAGAGAACAGGUCAAUCUCUCUUUAAAGUAGGCUAAUUAUUGCUCUAGGUCUAGUGGAAGUGCUUCAGCGACGGUUCGUUCAUUUGAAACCACGAAGCUUAAGUAAGAGAGCAAGAAGACGACGGACUAAGCUAACGCUAACUCAAUUCCUUUCUCCGGUAACAGUCUCUACGUCUCCUGGAUGCAACAAUGACCGACUCGGUUGUGGACAGCAAGGCGGAGGUGAAACAAGCCACGAAAUAUGUCAAAGAGACCGAAAACGUUGCCGAAAAAUAUUCAGCAAUGACUGUCAGCAAGAACAGCAGUGAUGUGAAUAUGAACGUCGGGGAAAUGCCUUCCGCAGCGUUCACCGCAGUCCCCACUCUGAAAUCCGUCAAGAAGAUCCAGUUUGCAAACACUGAGGACAAACAAGAGUUCAGCAAGUUCCCCACCAAGGCAGGCCGCCGCUCCCUCUCUCGGUCCAUUUCGCAGUCCUCCACAGACAGCUACAGCUCAGCUGCGUCCUACACCGACAGCUCCGAUGAUGAAACCUCCCCCCGGGACAAAGCCCAGGUCAACACCCACGGCAGCAGUGACUUCUGUGUGAAGAACAUCAAGCAGGCCGAAUUCGGCCGCCGUGAAAUUGAAAUUGCAGAACAAGACAUGUCUGCCCUGAUCUCCUUGAGGAAGCGAGCCCAGGGGGAGAAGCCACUGGCUGGGGCGAAGAUAGUAGGCUGUACCCAUAUCACUGCUCAGACCGCAGUCCUGAUCGAGACUCUGGUAGCCCUCGGGGCUCAGUGUCGCUGGACUGCCUGCAACAUCUACUCCACUCAGAAUGAGGUGGCCGCUGCUCUCGCUGAAACAGGGGUACCUGUGUUUGCGUGGAAGGGUGAGUCAGAGGACGACUUCUGGUGGUGCAUCGAUCGCUGUGUCAAUACGGAGGGCUGGCAGGCUAAUAUGAUCUUGGAUGAUGGCGGAGACUUAACCCACUGGGUGUACAAGAAGUAUCCCAGCGUCUUCAAGAAGGUCCGGGGCAUCGUGGAGGAGAGUGUCACCGGAGUGCACAGAUUGUACCAGUUGUCUAAGGCCGGAAAGCUGUGUGUCCCUGCCAUGAAUGUGAACGACUCCGUCACCAAGCAGAAAUUUGACAACCUGUACUGCUGCCGUGAAUCUAUCCUGGAUGGCUUGAAGAGGACCACAGAUAUAAUGUUUGGAGGCAAACAAGUUGUUGUGUGUGGUUAUGGAGAGGUGGGGAAAGGCUGCUGCACUGCUCUAAAGGCCCUUGGAGCCAUUGUGUGCAUCACAGAGAUUGACCCCAUCUGUGCCCUGCAGGCAUGUAUGGACGGCUUCCGAGUGGUCAAGCUGAGUGAGGUCAUCCGGCAGAUGGACGUGGUGAUAACUUGCACUGGCAACAAGAAUGUGGUCACCAGGGAACAGCUUGACCGGAUGAAGAAUGGCUGCAUCGUCUGCAAUAUGGGACACUCCAAUACUGAGAUUGAUGUGGCGAGUCUGCGCAGCCCUGAGCUGACCUGGGAGAGGGUGCGCUCUCAAGUUGACCACAUCAUCUGGCCCGAUGGAAAGAGGGUCGUUCUGCUUGCAGAGGGCCGCCUCUUAAAUUUGAGCUGCUCCACAGUACCUACGUUUGUGUUGUCCAUCACUGCUACAACUCAGGCCCUCGCCCUGAUUGAGUUGUUCAACGCUCCAGAGGGCCGUUACAAACAGGACGUGUAUCUCCUGCCCAAGAAGAUGGAUGAGUAUGUGGCCAGUUUGCACCUACCAAACUUUGAUGCCCACCUGACAGAGCUCUCUGACGAGCAGGCCAAGUACAUGGGCCUCAACAAGAACGGCCCCUUCAAACCGAAUUAUUACAGGUAUUAAUGAGUGUCUGAUGCUGUGAUCCUCAACACACCGUUGUCCUGGGAUAAAGAUAGAUAUCUAUUUUAUUUUCUAAAUUGCUACAAAAUCGAGGAAUUAUUUUAAUUAUGCUGAAUGUAACUUAUUAAUAGCACUUCAGACAUAGUGUUAAAUAUGAAAAAUAAGACGUCUAGGAAGCAUACGAUGUAUAACCAACUACCAUUUUACAUGUCUUGUCACGUGUUUAAAAGAAAAGCCUGCUUGCAUGUUUUCAUGUGUAUGUACUUAUUUAGUUGUUAUCGCUUCUGUUAUUAGAUCACAAAGUUGUUGAUUUGUUCGCAUAGUGCCAAAUGAUGGCCGUAUGAAUGGAACAGAUACCAUGUAUGUUUUGUCUGUCGAUGACAUUAAGAUUUUAUUAGUACAUUCCACGAGCCAAGAUUUGGGCUGAGCCAAAACAAACUCUUUAUUACUAUGUACAUUAUUAUAGAAAUGUUUUGUUUUACAUGUGUUAAAUAAUCUCAUUGAAUGGUAUCUGCAUACAUGUCCUAAAAGGUAUAAUCCAGUCACCCUUUUUAUUACAAGUACAGUGAUGAAAUAUGGCACCUGUUGUUUAUUAUAAGACACUGUUAAAGGCUGAGUGCUUUUUGAAUUCCUGAGUCAUAGUGUUGGCAUUCAACCCCACAUAUUACAUUCAAACCAACGGGAUGUUUUAGGCACUAACAAAGAUGUUUUGUUAAAGAUAACAGGCUGUAUGCAUUCCUAUAAAGGAAGUAGUGAAAA